AAUCCAAAUAUCAAAUUUGUACAGUCAAAAACCAUUUCUAACAAACCCCAAAACUCACAAACAAAAAAAUCACAGUUCAUUCAUUCAUUCAAAGAAAGAAAAGAAAGAAAAUGGCAGCCAGUAGCAUGAUGAUGAUGAAUGGCACUUCUCUUCCCCAGUUUAAUGGCGGACUCAACCCCAUGGCUUACCCUAUGAGGAAGAAGACGAGUUUGGUGGCUGCUGGAAAACGAAUGAACCACCGCAGGGGACACGGCGCACUGGGAGUUCGUUGCGAAUUCAUCGGCUCACCCACCAAUCUGAUAAUGGUGACAUCGACGAGCCUAAUGCUAUUCGCGGGGAGGUUCGGAUUGGCCCCGUCAGCGAACCGGAGGGCAAAUGCGAGCCUGAGGCUCGAGAGGUGGGACUCGGGGCUCCAGACCGGCGACCCUGCCGGGUUCACGCUGGCUGAUACCUUAGCUUGUGGCUCUCUUGGCCACAUUAUUGGGGUUGGAGUUGUUCUUGGCCUCAAGAACAUGGGCGCCAUAUGAUUCCAAUACAUUUCUCUCUAUCUGUUUUUUUUCUUUUGUUUUGUCUAUAUUUUUUUUUUUGAAUUGUUAUUUAUGGAAGGAGAAAAGAUACUAUUAUAUGCAUCUUUCCUUAACAAUGCCAUUCGAAAUGCUCCUUUUCAUAUUGGCAUGUUUGAGUCUUUGAGAUAUACUCUGUUUUUUGAACUAUUUAUUUGAAUAACUAUAUUGAAAAUAAAUACACUUAUUUAUUGUACACAAACAAUAAUGAAUACUCUCUCUGUCU